GACAUCCCUGCAGCAGGUUAGUGCCACCUGAAUAACAUCAUUACUACACGCUGCUGUGUGCUCCCCCUGAGCUGCACUGCUGCCUGCCACACGGAGACAGGAGGCUCCGCUGCUGCUUCUCCUCCGCCGCUGAGGUGAGCCUGCUCCCCGUCCCCUCCUCCUCCUCCUCCUCCUCCUCCGGUUCUCCCCGGAGCAGAAUGCGCUGAUCUCCGCUCAGUCUGUGGAAGGAUGAUGUCUGUCGUCUCCACUGUGGAGAGCGUUCCCAGAGGUACGGGCACCCCGGCGCCGAGCCUUUACCAGCGGAUCAGGAGGGUCUUAACCAGGGACCUGUUGGUGACCCUGGCCCUGGGUCAGGUCCUGUCCUUGUUGAUCUGUGCCAUCAGUCUGACCAGCAAGUACUUGGCUGAUGACUUCCAUGCUAACACGCCUGUGUUCCAGAGCUUUCUCAACUACAUCCUGCUGUUUCUGGUCUACACCACCACACUGGCAGUCAGGCAAGGGGAAGGGAACCUGCUUGCAAUUCUGAAGCAGCGCUGGUGGAAAUACAUGAUUCUGGGUUUGAUAGACAUCGAGGCCAACUACCUGGUGCUUAAAGCUUACCAGUACACUACACUCUCCAGUGUACAGCUGUUGGACUGUUUUGUCAUCCCAGUGGUCCUGCUGCUGUCCUGGUUCUUUCUUUUGGUGAGGUACAAGGCUGUCCACUUUGUCGGGGCAGGGCUGUGUCUGCUCGGUGUCGGCUGCAUGGUGGGAGCUGACAUCCUGCUUGGUCGGCAGCAAGGCCUUGGAGAGCAGAAGCUGUUUGGGGACCUUUUGGUUCUGGGAGGAGCAACACUGUACGGGAUCUCCAAUGUCUGUGAGGAGUUCAUCGUGAAGAAUCUGAGCCGUGUGGAGUUCCUGGGCAUGAUGGGACUCUUCGGAUCCUUCUUCAGUGGCAUCCAGCUGGCCAUCAUGGAACACAAGGAGCUGCUGAAGGUACCCUGGGACUGGCAGAUAGGUCUUUUGUACAUUGGUUUCAGUGCCUUCAUGUUCGGCCUGUACAGCUUCAUGCCGGUGGUGAUGAAGAGAACGAGCGCCACCUCAGUCAAUCUCUCCCUGCUCACUGCUGACCUGUACAGCUUCUUCUGUGGCCUCUUCCUCUUUCACUACAAGUUUUCGGGCCUCUAUAUAUUGUCAUUCUUCAUCAUCAUCUUGGGCCUGGUCCUUUACGCCACCUCGUCUACCUAUGUGGCCCAGGAUCCGCGAGUCUACAAGCAGUUCAGGAACACAGGCGGCCAGACGGUCACUGACCAGCCCCAGCUCGGUACUGGAGUCCUGGAGCCGUCCGUCACCUACACCAGCCUGGGUCCUGAGGCGGCAGACGAGCUUCCUGUGCGUGUAGCCUAAGCUCUGGGAGGGAGUUUAGUCUGUCAACCUGGUGGAUCAGUGAGUCAGCUGCAGCCUCCAGGUUCUGCCCACAGUUGUAUACAGAGAAGCAGGGCAGCAGGGCAGCUGGGUGAUCACCCAGGUACGUCCAGGUUUUCGUUUUAUGGCCUGUUUUGGGGGACACAGUCUCUCCACCCUGACCACGUUAAGAAAAAUUCAUGUAUCCACAAUUUGUACCUGAAAAAUGAAUGAGCAGAAUGUCAUUAAAACAAAUAGCAGAGUGAAACUGUUGAGUUCACUGUGAUCAAGGACUGUGAGUAGACAGUAGUGACUGAAAAUGAUCAUUCAUGUAAAUAGAUGAUAUUGUAAUUUUACUGUAUUUAAUCUCCUGCUUUCUUUUUAUAUCUGUCAAGAAUGUUUGUGCUCUAUACCUGUGUAUAUGCUAAAGUAUGAUUUUAUUUCUUAUUAUUUGAUUGGAAUCUACAGUGUUUCUAAAUCUACCCGCGCAAAUCCUAUGAGGAGCUCAGUAAGUAAUACACAGACUGGAGCCAGUUAAUACUUUCAAAGCAGUGGGACAUGAGGGGAAUUAAAGUCUCCCUACAGUUCGAUGAAUUUAUUUACCAACUUUGUAUCACACAAACCCUCGCUGGUGUGUAAAUGCAUCAGGGCUGUAGCUGCCAACUGAAGCUAUGGAAGGUUUGUCCUCUGAUGUUUUAUAGGCUGGAACAAAUGUAUUUACACUUAACAUUUCUAAGUUUGACUAUUUUUAAACCAAAAAAGCAUCCUGACGGGGUGAAGAGGCUUUAAAACAGCAUUUAGACCUUAUUCUUGAGAAAUGGAAAUAGUACAAAUUAAAGACUUUAUUUUGGGGUCUGGUCAGGUGGUGGCGUUGGGGCUAUCAUUUAGGUGAAUUACGAUUUAUGACCUCAGCAUUUUUGGAUUCCUGGCUACAACCCUCUAUUAGUUCUUCCUGUGAAACAAAAGGCUUUACGGGAGGAUUUACUGACAGUUAUACUCGAUCCUUCUUGGACCAGGAGCAGAUAAUCCAUGCUGUACUGACAUUGUGUGUAGAUUACUCCCUGUAGUCCCCCCUGGUACCCAACAAAGAUAACUCCUAUUAUAGUAUCUUCAUUAGUUACCAGUGUGAUAUAAAGAAAGGUACUCUAGUAGUCUGGUAGAACAUCUUCAUGAAGUUGGGAGAUUUGAUAGUUUAAUAAAAAAUAAAUUGAAGAAGCAGAGGCAAGACAUACAGAUUUUUAGUCCCUUAUUCAAACACUGGAUCUACACUUUCCAUAAUGCAACUUGAUAGUGUCCUUCAUAGAGUUGAGAACUAGGAGGAACUACUUUGGGCACCCCUGGCUCCAGAGGUUAAGGUCCUAUUUAUUUUUCCUAAAGAGAGUGUAAAAUUAUCAGUAAAAAAAGAUUAAUAACUGUGUUAAAAAACAUCUGCUUAUUUGAUAAAUAAGUUGAAGGCACAAGCCUGAGCACAUAAAAACUUUUAGCGGGACGUUAACUACGACUCUCAAGGGGCAUUUUGGCUAGAAACAUCAAAGCACUGAGCUUAAAAUUCUCUUAUGAGUGCCCCUUAUGGCAGGUGGAAGCUAAAGAUGACAAUGUUGAGAAAGCUGAAAUCACAAACUACAGUUUAAAUCAAUUUCAUUUUAAAAUUCUGGUUGGAUAGUGGUGCGCAGCUGUGGCACCGCUGUGUUUCAGGCCUCUGACUGCCUUUUCCUCAUCCUAACGGUGGCCGAGGCUCAUGGUUAUUUAAACCCGUCUUUGAUGCUAAAAUGGGAAAUUGCGUUAUUAACGGAUACUUCUGUAUUGUCCAACCUGGACCUUCUUUUCUUUUCUUUUUUGUGUCUAAGUUACUACUGGGAACAACAUUUUUUAAACUAGUACAGUAUUAAGUGGGACUGCUGCAGCCAGCAUCAGCAAAAUAGGCUGCAAUGUAACUACUUGGGGCAUGUCCACACCGUCAAUGUACGUCCACUAAAAGUGCUUGUUUUCGCCACUGACAGGCUCAGGUUGUUAUUCUAAGUGUCUGACAUCAUUAUAGAAAGGAUAGACCUCUUUGUUGAAGAGUAAGAUCCUUUUUGUUUAACCAGAAACAGCCUCAAAAUCGCCAUCGCCAAACCCACCAGACCUCUUUCAAGUAGACACUAAUUUUAUUAUUGGAAACCACACUUCAUUUAGAGUCAACAGAAACAAAAUAAAAUUCACAGAAACCGUCUUAGUUGAUCUUUCCACUGCUCCGGUGAGUUUCAACUCUAGUUGGGUUGAAAUAAACCCUUGAUUAACCCAGUCAGAUGUGAAAAUAUGCCAUCUCUAUACACGCUAAAAUUACUGUUUAUUUAAAUGGAAUCUGGUGGAAUUGGGGAUGGUAAUUAAUGGGCUGGUUCUAGUUAAAACAAAAAGGAUCUUACUCUUCAACAAAAAGGUUGAUCUUUGCAGGGAACCUAUCCAUUAUAUUGUCAGACACUUAAAAUAACAAUCAGGGGCUGUCCACACCAACGCGGGUAUUUAUAAAACCGUGACUCUUUGCUCACGGUUUGGCCUUUCAUCCACACGUAACCGCAGUUUGGGCCCCUGUAAUCGGAGUUAUUUGUAACCGGAGUCCAGGGUUGAGUCCUGCUAUUUAGCAGCAUAUCAGCACUUUGUGGCUGUAUCAUACAACUAACGCUGCUAAACCACAUCCAGCAACAGAGGCGCAAGAGUGUGUUAUUACGGAGACUGCUCCUGCUGCAUAAUAGUACACUUGUUGUUGUUUUUCCGGUAAUGACGUUUUACUGCCUUCUGAUUGGCUACAAUGGCCUUACAGUUAGGAGUUAUAUCGCCACCUACUGCUUUGGCAUGUGUAUUACAUGGCUUGAUAGUGGAAUAUGCGGUGUCAUGUGGACGGAGGUAUUUUUAUUACACCGCUCAUAUGGAUGCAGAUUUUUUAAAAACUGGAGGCCAAAAAAGUUCGAUUUUAAAAAAUACCCGUGCUCGUGUGGACUAGGCCUGAGCCUGUCAGUGGCAAAAACAGGCACUUUUAGUGGAUGUACAUGGUUGGUGCGAACAUGCCCGAGUAGUUACAUUAUAGCCUGUUCCUCACUCAACACUGGACCAAUUUCAAAAAUUGUUGUUGUUAUUAGUCACUUAGACACAGAAACAUGGGGAAAUUGUGUUUCAAACUGGUGACCAUAACAUAUAAACUUAUGGGACUGCUACAUUACAUGGAAAAGUCCUGUGUUUGGUUUUAAGUAACACCGAGGACAUUGUUACCAGCGCCCCUUCCCACUUGGCAACUUUGGUCUCUUGAAGCCUGAGCCAAAAUGACCCUGAUGACAAUGACGUUAUUUCCUCAGACUUGACAAAGCUCCUCCAGAGCCGCAUAAGACGUACAAAAAUAGACUAAAGUAGAGCUAACCAUGACGAGGAAUAACCAUUAGUCUUGGUUAUCAGGCAGUAUCUAUGACUGUUGAUCCAAUUAUUGUUUUGCACUAUUGACAAUAAAAACACAACAACUAAAAUGAAAUGCAGUCAGUUAUCAGGAAAUGACAGAACAGAGUUUUAAUAUGUUGCUGUCUGUGAAUCACAUUACCAAAAACUGCUGUUUUCCAGCUGAAGACGAAAGAAGAGAUUUAGUUAUUUUCUUGUUGUUUAUCCAUUUCACUGUGGAAGGCCAGUCUGAGAAUACACUGAUGAGAUAGACGGGACACACAAGACUGUUGUUUAAUGAGAGGAACAGUGCGCUCCAGACUGAAGAGCAUUAUUUGGUUUAAUGUAUUGUUUUUCUGUUCUUUUUAUUUCUGUCCUACUUCUGUUGAAAUGUAAUGUUAGAAGCAAUAUAUUUUCCUGUUGAUUUACAGGAGAGACAUCACAGGGUUACUGACUGGACUGAAGAAAAAGUUGUACAGUUGGUUUGGUGCGGGUCCUUGUUCACUUUACGACUGUAUAUAAUCUCCUGUCUGGAUUAUUUACAAAGGACUUUCAUUAUUCUCCUCUUUUAAUUGGCUUUUGUAUCCUGUUUGAUGUAGUGCAUUGGAGUUACUGUCAACAAUGUGCUUACAAUGAUGUUCCUAUAGUAAAAUAAAGCAUCUUUGUCAGAACACCC